UAACGGAGACAAUAAUACGCUUCUUCAGCUAGAUUUUUUACGUAAAGUCAAUUUUGCAGAGGAGGAUUAAAUGUUUAGGAACCUUCUUUUUAUUUGCAGUUUAAACAAUACAAAAAGCUACGCAGUGUUUGUGUCUAAUGGGACAGUACAUUGUGUGUUUUAGGGACUGAGAACAGAAACAUCAUUGGGACGCAGAGGCAGCUGGGAUAUGUAAUGUCAAGAUGGCCAGCAAAGAAGUGAAAAGUGAGCUGAAAAGUGCCAGAGAGGCCAUUAAAAACAAAGAGUUCAAAGAGGCUCUUAAGCAUUGCAAGGCGGUUUUGAAACUUGACAAAACCAAUUAUAAUGCGUGGGUUUUCAUCGGGUUGGCAGCCAGUGAACUGGACCAAUCAGACCAGUCACAUUCAGCCUAUAAGAAGGCAGUGGAGCUGGAGCCUGAGCAGCUACUGGCAUGGCAGGGCUUAGCCAAUCUUUAUGAAAAGACAGACCAGUGGGAUUUCAAAGUUGAGCUCCCUAACAUUUAUCAGAAGCUUGUUGAUCUGUAUGCAAGCUCAGACAGAAAGAAAUGUUACGAGGUGAUCAAAAAGCUGUCGGACAGUUAUCAGUCUGACAAAGAUUGCAAUAAGCUGGCAAAGGUUUGGCUGCAGCUCAUUCAGCUGAAGGAGGAAGACGCUGUGGACAAGAAGGAGUUGCUGCUGUUAUGGCAGGAAAUGACCCAGCUCCUGUCAGACUGCAUUAAAGAGGAAGAGCAGAACAAUGAAGUACAACAGCAUUUAAUCACGGCCUUUGAGAAGAGCUUGCUCCUCAUAGAUCCUGUACCAGGAGAGAAACACCAGAAGAUCUCAGCUGAUUAUAUUCAAUAUCUUUCAAAACUUCCACAAGAGGAAACCAAAAUGAAAGAGGCCUGUGAGUCAAUGUCGUCCCUUUACCCUAAGCAAAGUUAUCCUCUUGAGGUCCUUUGUUCUCAUUACCUAAAAACAGGUGUUCUGACUGAAGACACAGUCAGCCGUUUCUCCCGCCUCCUGGAUCUUGCCCCCAACUCUGGGUUAGGUCACUUGGGGAUGGGCACUAAAGCACUUCAGGAAGGAAGAUAUAAAGACGCCAUUAACAGCCUUUCACAAGGGUUGAAGAAGACGAGCUGCAGCACAGCAUGGUACAGUUUGGCUGAAGCUCAGGUUAAAAUGCACAGAUAUACAGACAGUGCUGCGUCAUGCUCCCAAGGUCUGACGACGUGCGUUUCUGGAGACGAGGAGCUGAGGGUCAAACUGCUGAAGCUGAAGCUUGAGGCUUUAGUUAGAAGUGGAGGAGAAAAGGCUGCAGAUCAUGCAUUGGAGACCUUUUCACAGAUUAUAGAUGCUGAAAAAGACCUUUCCCUCGUUGCCUUUAAAGGUCGUGCACACCUGAAUAAAGGGCAAGUUGAUCAAGCACUUAAGGUGUCAUCACAGUUAGUGGCCUCCAAACCAAACCUGGACCAGGCUUUAGCUCUUAGAGGACUAAUACAUAUAGCUGAGGGCCAGCAGCAGCUGGCAGAGCAGUGCUUUUUAAAGGCAGCUGCCGAGAGUCCAAACUGUCCAGAGUAUUACUUUUUGCUGGGACAACUCUACUGGGACAUGGGAGAGGAGAGCCGUAAAGACCGGAGCAAAGCUCAAACACACUUACUGAAGGCUGCAAAGUUAGAUCCACACCUCGGUGCUGCGUUCCGUUAUCUCGGGCAUUUUUACAGGGAGGUCGCUAAUGAUCGUGGUCGUGCCCGUGGUUGUUAUAAGAAGGCCUUUGACUUGGACAAUGAGGACGCUGAGUCGGGAAGUGCCUCGGUGGACCUCAGUAUGGAGCUGGAGGACAUGGACACUGCGUUAGCAACACUUGAGUCAGUGAUAGCGAAAGCCACUCCAGGAUCUGCCAAGUGGGCUUGGAUGAGACGAGGCCUUUACUACCUGAAGAUUGGGGAGCAUCAACAGGCUGUGGCAGAUCUUCAGGCGGCUCUGAGAGCCGAUCCAGAAGACUGGGUGUGUUGGGAGUGUUUGGGCGACGCCUACCUGAACCGCCGGAGCUUCACCGCUGCUCUGAAGGCCUUUGGCAAAGCUCAUCAACUUCAGCCGUCCUCCAUCUACAGUGUUUACCAGGCUGCUGCAAUCAAACAGACCCUGGGCAAGUUCAAAGAGGCUGUUGCAGAGUAUUUGCAGAUCACAGCACAGCAGGAUUAUGUUCCUGCGCUUAAAGGCCUUGGAGAGUGUCAGCUGUCUCUGGCAAGAAGUUUAAUGGACGACUGUAGAGAUGGAGGAGCCAUUGAUCUCAUUCAGCAAGCGAUGCAGAACCUCUUCAGAGCUGUGGAGCUGCGUCCAGACCUUUCCUGUUUGUGGAAGCUGCUGGGAGAUGCUUGCACUGCAGUCAGCACUGUUUCACCAAACAGAGCUCAAGUUCUAGUGCCUGCCCUGCUCGCUGGAUUAGACCCCAACACACAGAGCCACAUGCAGAACCAGGCCCAGACUCUCAAAAUUGGCGAGAGGUGCUACGUCCAUGCCCUGAAGCUGAUGUCUGAGGUGCCCGGCCUGUGGUACGACCUAGGACUGAACUACUAUUACCAGGCGAGACUGCCAUGUCCCACAGAGGAUGACCAGAACUCCCAAUCCCUGAUCCAACAGAAGGCUCAGCAGUGUUUAAAAAAAGCCAUCAUGAUGGACUGUGGGAACCACAGUUACUGGACUGCUCUGGGAGUCAUUUCCACAAACAGAGGUCUUGAGAACUUUGCUCUGGCUCAACAUUGCUUCAUCAAGUCCAUACAAGUGGAGCCAAAUAAUGUUGUUGCCUGGACAAACCUUGGUGCCCUCUAUUUGAAGAAGGACAAUAUCGAGCUUGCACAUGAAGCCUUCAAGAUUGCUCAGUCCUUGGAGCCGCUGUAUGUCAACUGCUGGAUUGGACAGGCCCUGAUAGCCGAGAGAGUGGGAAGCUAUGACACCAUGGAUCUUUUCAGACACACCACUGAACUAAGUACACAUAUGGAAGGAGUGAAAGGUUAUGCCUACUGGGUUUGUUCCACCCUGUUGGAUAAGAGCAACAGAGACUCAGAGUUGUACCGCUACAACAUAGUCCAGAUGAACGCCAUCUCUGCUGCUCACGUGGCACUUAGCAAGUACACAGAGAGGAUUCAGUCUGACCCUGAAGCCUUCAUCAUGCUUGGAUACCUGAAUGAGCAUCUGCAGCUAAAGAGACAGGCCUUACAGGCUUACCAAAGAGCGGUUGAGCUGCUGCAGUCCAUGCCCUCAACAGAAGAACUGGCCUUUGCUCUGGGCAGCUAUGGCCGUGCUUUGUGCACCUCAGGUCAGUGGGAAGAGGCAGUGAAGGUCUAUAAUUCCACUCCGCUGCAGGAGCUCAGUGAUCUGACUGGACUGGCUCUGGCCUACUUCAGGGCUGGACUCAUCCCAGAAAGCAUCAGCGCCUAUGAACGUGCCUUGGCUGUGGCUCCCAGUGAGAAGGAUAAGGCUUACAUCUUAACAGCUCUGGCCCUGUUGCAGCACCGGCAGGGGAAUCUCGAUUCAGCCAAGACUUUGCUGUUCAAAUGCUCAGUGUUAAAGGAGCCAAUCUCAGAGUCUCUGCUGUGUUUAUGUGCCCUGGGUUUGGUCCACGGGGAUGUCACACUAUCUGCUGCUGCCCUGACUGAGCUUCUAAAGCAAGGUUCGGCAUCUGGAAGUGUUGUCGAGCAGCGAUGUUUACUCACAUGCACCCUGCUGGCUCUUCAGGGUAACUACAGUGCUGUGCAGAGAGAGGCCUCCAGAGCUGUUCACAGAAAUCCUGGAAACCCGUCUUUGUGGGCCCUGCUGUCUCGAGUGGUGCCUCGGUUCUACCCCAGGAAGGCAAAGGGUGGAGCGGUCGCUGGUCAUGUUGCCUGUCUCUCCAGUAUGACCCAAGGAAAGAGGGCGCUGUUGUACAGUGGAGUGAACCAGCUGGCCGUUGGAAGACACUCAGGAGAGGAUGGUCAAAGGAACGCACUGAGGACUCUGCAGAGAGCUGUGCUGCUCUGUCCUGACGAUCCAUCAGCGUGGGCAGGAUUAAUGGCUGCCUGUCACACAGAAAACACAUCCUGCUACCUUUCAGGCUCUGCUCCCUGCAGACAAGGCCUGGAGAAAAUCCUUAUGUCCGUGGUUUCUGAGAAAGUGCACGGUGUAGAGGAGAUAGAGCGACCUCUCGCCCAGACUCUCGAGGGAUGGGUUCUACAACAGGCAGUCGCUGGUCUUGUGUUGGGAGGACAACUGGAGCAGGCUGAAGCCCUCUGCUCACAGGUGCUGAAUGUUUCCCCAGAACACCCAGCGGUGAUACUGUCACUGAGACAGGUACAGUGUCAGCGCCUCCUCGUGGCCAACAGUGGUACUGUCCUCCCAGACUCUGUGCUUGAGCAGCUCAGCAACGCAGUGAUGAUGAACCCCACCAAUAUAGGGGCGUGGCAUUGGCUUGCUGAAGUGUAUCGUAGCCAGGGUCUGCUGGUCCAGGCAGUGAUGUCUUACAGACAGAGUCUGCAGCUUGCCUCACAGCUCGGCCUGCACAGUUGCCAGGUCGCCAGUCUGCUCAGAUUAGCGCUGCUCGCUCUGGGACCCUGUAUGGCCAAUGUCCCAGGAGAUGAAUGGAAGGACCUGGUAGUAGAAGCCACCACUGAGGUUUUGAAGCUGGACUCAUCAGCUGUGGCUUUGCUCGUCCAGGCUCUGCUCCAGUACGUGACCAAGAUGGCAGCAAGGGAAACAAGACGUUUGUUGGAGAGGCUGGUGUACGUGACGUCUCCAGACUUCCCAGUGACAGUGGUUCAGGUGGCCAGCUGGUACCUUCUCAGACACCUGCAUGCCAAAAAUGACGAGGAGCUGAUUAAUGUCCUUUUGCAACACGCCAAAAAGAAGGGAGAUCAAAGACUGCUGGAGUUUCAUUCAGUCCUUGCUUCCACUGCAUCCUGAAUUAUGCAAAUCAACAAGUAACUCACAAAUCAUGUCACUGACUGGGUUUAUAAAUUCAGCUGUUCUGGGUCUCUUAAAGGUACAGUAGGUAGGAUUUUGUAUCGAUCAAUAAUUCCACUAUAAUCAUUCAGCAGAAUGUAGAUCAACUGCUCUGAGAGAGAAUAGCACUCUUGUUUCACAGUCUCACAACUCCAAUCUGCAGUGUCACAGUACCUUAAAUACACUCUGACUUUACUAGGAUCCUGCCUACUGUAUAUUUAACUCAUUGCAUUAAUUCAACUGGACAUUAUAGGUCUGAUAUUUUAAACAUAACAUGUUUUAACAUCAUACAGUGUUGAGCUGAUCAGGAAAUCAUACAUUUUUAACAUUAUCAUGUUUCUGUUUCUUCAAUAUGGAUUUAACUAAAUAUUCCACCAUCGACACGGAGGCUGAAAUAAAGGCAUUUUGCUUCGUAUGUAAA